UCCUGGCUGCUGCAGAUGGAGAGGCAGGAGAAGAGGUGUCUGGCCCUUUUUAGGAAGCAUGGAAAACUGGAAGCCACCUUGCGAUGGUCCAGAGAGUCUAAUUUCUCUGCAACUUUGGUGAUGGAGCUGAAGGUCUGGGUUGAUGGUAUCCAGCGGGUUGUGUGUGGCGUCUCAGAUCAGACCACAUGCCAGGAGGUGGUCAUAGCAUUGGCACGGGCUAUUGGCCAGACAGGAAGGUACAUUCUCAUCCAGAAGCUGCGGGAGAAGGAGAGGCAGCUUCUACCACACGAAUGCCCUCUGGAGUCACUGGCCAAGUGUGGACAGUAUGCCAAUGACGUGCAGUUCAUAUUGCAGCGGACGGGUCCCAGCCUGGCCGAGCGCCCUUCCUCUGAUAGUGCCCCCCAGGCUCCCGAGAGGACAUUCAUCCGGGCCAGCCUUCCCAUCAAACCCAGGCCGGUCAGCACAGAGGUGCCCAGGUCCCGGGAGCCUAAAAAGUCUAUGACCUUUAACUUGGGCCCUAUGGGCUCCAGCGAUCGGCUCGCCAAGAGCAAGCUGAGACUGCACAAGAGGGACAGUGUAGACUCAAAGGACAGCACCAGUCGCAGCCAUCCAUCUAAGGAGGAGCUGUUUAAGACUGUGCUGCACCAGCAGGAGCAGCUGCACUCCUUGGAGGUGCACGGGGAUUCCCUGGAAACGGACCUCAGGCACUGGGAGCAGGACAGGGGCUCCAGCCAGGAAGACGAGAUCCUUUAUCUGGAACACCUGAUCAGGCGGAACGAGAUGGAGCUGGGCGAAGAGGAGUUCUGGCAGAGCGAGCUCCACAUGGAGAAGGAGUGCGAGAGGGAGCGGCAGGAGAAGGUGAGGAGCCUGCGGGCCACCAUGGAGGAGUACACUCAGAAAAUCCACGAGCUGACCACCAAGACGGAGGUCCUGGAGAAGGAGAUCCAGUUAGAGAUCACAGAGAGGGCCAGGUGGGCGAAGGAGGCUCCUGCGGAUCUGGAGGACAUGGCUGCCAAAAUGAAAAGGGAUCUGGAAGCCAAGGCCAAGCAGAGCGCCCAGCUGGAGAGCAGCCUGGCGAGCGUGGGGAAGGCCUUGGAAGAAGCCGAAAGGAAUUUGCAGGCCUUCUCCAUCCCAGCACAGACUCUCCUCCUCGAUCAAGCGCCAAGCAGUUCCUCGGCCAUCCACGGAACCUUCAGAACCCACUGGUGUCCAGCCUGAACCCCGAGGGUGUGUAUGUUUGAACUGGCCUAAGCCCUGUUGUGCUCCUAAUGCCCAAUCUUGCCAAGCAGCCCUGCGAAAGGUCUGGUCUCCUUGCGACGGUGGCAGCUAUCGCCUACGCGGAGGAGGCUGUGACCCAACUCUCAGACCACUUGGUGUUUCUCUCCUGCUCUCUCCUCCUUUCUCUGGUAUUUGAUUGCAAAAUGAAUAGCUCCUCUAAAACAGCAAAGGCUUGGUUUCCUGCAGUGCCUACCAUAAAUCCUUGUGCGUUAGGGCCCUUAAAUAUUAGUUAGCAAGAGGCAACCAGAGGAUGAGGGAUGGGAUGGGGUCUGGCAGCCGUAUUACUUGAAAUGAUGGGCUGUGGGGCCAUGGUGCCAUGUAGUGCAAUAAUGCAUUAAAAGCAUCCUGCUGUGUGAUGUCUGCGCUAUGAAUAGGUGCCAACGUGACCGUGACGCUUAUACCUGGCAGCAUCCCCUUCUCUGUGUCCCACCACUAGGGAGAAGCUCGCUGCCAGACAAGCGCUGCAGUUGACUUUGCUCCCAAAGCCAGUGUCUUUGCUGUUCAGUUUAAAGGGUCAUCUCUGCUAGUUCAAGCCUGUUUAAAACUCAUUGGGUUGGGAUGCAGUGUGCUGAGUGCUAGGAGCUUCCUCCCCAGCAAGGGCCAGGCAUUGCUCUGCACACGCAGCAAUGCAUUUGCCUGCGCCCCCACUCCCAUGAUGCAUUGCACUGCCAAAAGGACUCACGAAUCCCUGCCCCUGUGCUGGUGGUUGCAGGAGACGUCCCACUGGUGUUAGCGAAAUGGCACCGUGGGAGAGCCCAACGUAGAGCAGUUACAGCUCCCACCUGGAGAGUGUCUCUUGGUUUUUUUUAUGAUUCUCUGCAGAGAAUCAAGUUAUUGCUGUGCUGGGUCAGUUGGCCUGGUGCCCCCCCGGAGAGUGUGUCUGCACUUUUCCCCAUCCCCACAGCCUCCUCCAGCUUAGCAUGAACAAACCUCAGCAGCCAUAUGCAAAAGAGCCAAAUGACCCCAGACCUUUAGGCCUGUCAGAGACUCCACACUUCAAAACUCAACCACGACACGUACUUGCUCCUAGCUAAGAUGCUGGGCGCCAGUCUGCAUGUUUGCUGCACCAGCACGCAUGUCCUCUGCCCUCCUACACAUACGAAUUAGGGGGCCAGUGAGAUGGAUCAGAAGCUAAAAAGCUGUGGAGCAAGAUGGGAAUUCCCAUGUGCAAUCAUUAUUGCACCUCUGGCAUGCAGACCUUCUUGCGUUGGUUAGAAAUACCAACACCCUUGUAGUUGCAGUAGAAAUACCAACACUCCAUUAGUUGCAAUUCAGAUCCCCCUGAGAAAUGCAGACACACCCAAUCCUUCCGCAUAGGGAUACGCAGACUAUAUUUUACUGCAGAGCCUUGGUGCCAUUUUAACACUUUAGUUCUGAUUUUCACAACGAGCUUUUAAAAACUGUAAAUAAAUUGGUGGUUAGGGAAUUAAAUGGGGAGGGGGUGGGGAGAUGAGGACUUACCCUGGACGGGGAAGGAGCCAAACAGGGAUUUGUAUCAGAGACAUUAAAUCCUUUAUCUUGAAGGAUGCUGGGUGCCAGUGGCUGAGACUGCAGCAUCCUACCCUGACCAACAGGGAAAGUGCCACAGCUGCCCCCACCUCCCCGUAAUGCACAGUCCCCUCUCCCAGGUGAAAGGACUGCUACAAACUCCACCCAUCCAUCUGAGACCUUUUCAGGGCACUUAGCCAAGGGGGUAGGCGUGCCGCUGCCCCGUGCCAUGGAUUGCAAAUAAAGCACCUUCCUUCACAGACCAAGCGGUCGCUUCCGAGUCGCGCUCCUUUCUCACAACUGAUUCUGAUUUUUCAUCCUCCUUCUGCUCUUGCUGGUCCUGGUGGAGGGGAAUGGGGGCCUGCAAAGGAGAGGGUUUAGGUCCUGGACCAAAGCCCAUCUAAGUCAACGGGAGGCUUGGGAUCAAACCCUAUAGGGAUGUGUCUGUUGCCUGAAUUUUCACUGGAUGGUGUUUCUUCCUCCUUCAUGGUGGAGGGGUGGGGGGCGAGGCAUUGCCCAGCUAGUUAUUGGGGGGCAGAAAUGUGCCUUUGAGGAGGAGGGAGCGCUUCAUGCUCUUCCCAGCAGCCCCCUUUGGAACUUGGCAUCUAGCCCUACCUGGUUAAUUCCAGGAAACCCUGGAGCACCUUCAAAGAGCUGCACAGGGCAUGCCAAACCCUUCCCACCCAGCCUAUGGCCCUGGAGUGAGUGGGGAAGAAUGACUUUGCACAGAUCUUCUUCAUAACAGUGUUUUUCUAUACCAGGCCUUGGCAUCUCAGCCCCUUCCCCAGAACCAGCUUGGAACUGUCCAGUUAAUUAUGCUAAUUUAACCUGCACCCCCCUUCUUGGUGCCUGCUCUCUUUAGCAGAAGCAAGUGAAUUGUGCUGAUCUUUUCUUUGGCCCUUUCCCCUCUCUGCUAAACAUUUGCCCUUUUUAUAUCCUAAGAGACGGUGACCAUAACAUUGGGUCAGUAUCAGAACACACAGCAGCAUACGCUGUCUUGAGUACUUACAGAUGCUGCGUAACACGAGCAUUUCUCCACGUAGUCCAGCAAAGAUCCGCCUGUAAUUCUCCCUUGUAGCAUUUUAAGAGUAUAAACACCAGACCCGGAAUAUUGUAUCAGCUCAUUUCACUAGAGGGAAUCAUCAUGGUGUCUGUAGGUUCAUCUCCACUCCCUUUAGAUUGAAGGAUAUACUUUUAUGUUGCAAAUGCAUGGUUGCAGCAUACAUCUUCCUUGUUUCCUUUUCUUAUUAAAAACACUAACCCACCAAGAUGGGGUCACUUAGUUUAUUUUUGUAUGUCUUGCAGUCGUAUCAACAAGGCAGAGCAUCUGGAGGUAGAAAGGCCCAGCCACUGGAGGAGUGAUUUGCCUUGCAAGUGUAACUGUAUAUAAGUAAAACCAUGUUCCAUAUAGAUAUAUAUAUUUUUUUUACUCCUUUGUAUCAUGAAUGGAUGUUGAUGGCCAUAUGAAGUGUUUUUACAGACUGAUGUGUUUUAAGUAACAACAAAAACAAUUCCAUCCCAUUUGGAUGAAAAAGACCUGUUGUGGGUUUUUUUAAAUGCUUUGUCUAUUUUUAAAAAAAAAAGAUGCUAAUAUUUCUGGGAAUCCAGGUAGCCCUCAUAAGAUGCAUCAAACGACGAAAGACCCUUGUCGAUAAAGCAAAGGACUGCCUUUGAUGAGGGGUACAAGACUUUUCUGGGCUAAACAAAUGCUAAGCACAUAGUGGGUCUUCUGUGCCAUGCUCUGAUGUUCGCUUCCCAGGGGAUACUAUGUGCUACUGCUGUACAGUGAAGGACCCAUGGAAGCCAGGAUUGUGUCCCAUAUAACGCACUGUGACUCUCCCGUGGUCGCUCGUGUUAAUACCCAACAUGUGAGGAAAAUGGAUGUUUAUCGGGAAACGUAACGAACUAUCCAGCUGUCUGGGAGAUGGGGAACUCUAUUCGUAGUCCUGCGGAAGCCAGGUUCGUACGAUCUGGGGGAGAACUUGUACAACCUGUUGCUCUUUGGACCAGGCAGCAUCAUGACUAGGAGCAAUCUGCCUGAUGCUGAACAGAAUCAGCAAAGACUUUCCAGAUGUGGUAUAAUGGGACUGAGGGGCUGCUGGUGAUGUCUUGUGCCAAGUGCAUCAUCUUCCAAAAGCGUCAUUUGCAAAGUAGAGGGGACUUGAGAUGGAAUAGCUGGAGUGACGUCUAGUUCCUAAUGAACCGCAACUCUCACUCUGUGAGUCUUGAUAUUUGUAUUUACAUACUGGACCCCUCCUGCUUUUUAAAACACAUUCAGGUCAUUGAAAAAAUGGAGGUAAAAAUGUUAAUGACUGAAUGGCAAACUGGCAUAUGCAUGAAGUUUCCAGUAGGGCUGUCUUUGCUACAGGUAGCUUCACCCUGACCUGGGAAUCAUUGUCCUUCAACCUCCACCCAUAUAACUCCUCCAGAGAUGUCUGCCUCUCUGUCUUAAGGCCAGUUCGAUAGGUUGCAUGUCUGCCUACCAUGCCCUGUAACUCUGCAAAAGCUCUGUCUACACCUGGUUCCAUAUUGCAGAAGCCCAGAUGUACAUCGAACUGAGCCAGGAUUGGAGAGAUCUGUGGGUCAGGGGAAAGGAAAGCUGAACACGUGCUUUGUGGGGAGUGUCUUGGCCGUUGUCCCCUAAUACUAAAUGCGAUAUGUAUUAUUGCCAUUAACCAGUAUUUCCAGCCAUUCACCCUUUUCCUAAUGGAAGUACUGAAAAGAGUGGUUCAUUGGUCGGGUAUUUGCCGCUCUCAUUUGUCAAGACAGCUCUCUUGUGCCUGCUCACUGCUUACGUUGGCAAACAAGUUUAUUCGGAUGGUGGCUUACUGUAACCUGAGCAACCCAUUGGUUUUCUGCUGGGGCUGUCUCUGCCCUAGUUGCCCUAAAAUACACAGCGGAGAAUCCGAAUGCUCCUCCUUGAAAACGCUCUGGUUCAGAACCAGGCUGCUGUUCAUGUCAUACAAUAUACAUGAGCUAAAAGGGGAGAAGUAGAAGGGAAACAGCCUCUUGCUGCUAUUCUGCGCUUAUUAUGGUAGCACCUAUAGGCCCCAGUUGAGAUCAGGGUCCCGUUGUGGUAGGUGCUGCACCAGGUGUAUGACACAGUUCCUACCCGUAGAAGCUUGCUGCCUGGUCUUUCAUUGUGAGUUCUCUUUAAGAUUCCAAAGGAUAGAACCCAAAAAUUCCUUCCUCCUUUUAAAAAAAUAAAAUAAAUACAUUCUAAUGCAUGCUGCAUUAGUAACAUUUCUGAUAUAGAUGCGUCCCAAACCAAAGAUGACCAUUGUGUUCUGUUUCUCCUCUCCGGGUGAGCAACAGGCUGUGUUGCUGGUCUGAGACUUUUAGGAGCAGAGAGAGGAAUUGACUCCAAACAUUCUGUAGUGCUCAUUCAUCAGUUUUUAGAAACCUCUGCUUUCCAGGGCUGAGUAACUGCUUAGCUUUUCUUGCAGAUUUCUGACCCAUUUGACUAGGUGUGAGUGGAUACCAUUCAACUUGAAACUCUCCAAUGUGGGGGGAGGGGGAGAGCAGGUAUGGUCAGAAAAGAGACUGUAAACAGGACAUUGGGAUUAAUAUUCAUUUUGAGAUUUGUUGAGUGUUCCACCCAAUUCUAAAAACCAAGCUGCGUUCUCCAAUCUUACUCAAUGUACAAAUUGGAUAGGGUUGACAGGCAAAAACUUGACGUUUGUCUAAACAAAACAGGCUUGAACUGCAAGAGACUGGGAACAGGUGAGCACAUCUUGGAAGUUGCUUUUCUCACCAUAAUCCUGUUUUUUUAAAGUGUUAUCAAAACCUCCAUCAGAACAAGCUCUUUAACAAGUGCACGUUAUUGGGCUGUGUGAUAUGGGGAAUGAUGGAAACGCUGUCUAACAUUUCAUGCUGAAUGUUUUUACUUGAUGGCCAGUAAAAAAUUACUUCUAUUUCAACAUGUUUUUCCAUAUUUUAAUUGUGAAUUGGAAAUGGGCAAGUCUAGGGAAUGGGACUGGAUGGUACCUAGAGGGCCCCAAAGGCCUGAUUUUUGUUUUACAAAUGUCCUAUUACUGUAUACAAAAAUGUGACUUGGAUGCUGUGUUCUUUGUAAAAACACUUUCUAUGUAUGAAUGUAUCCUGUGUUCUCAAACAUUGUCCGGUUUAAAUAAACGUAUAGA